AUGGGUGUUGUUGUCCUUAACAAUUAUUUAACAUGCGCCUUCGUCCUUACUUACAAAGACAUCAUCCCGGACACAUACAGCACUAUUGGCGAAUCACAGGGAGCUUGCGCGCGGCUGCAGCCUGACAACCGCCAAGUCCCUCUCGCCCCAUCAUCAGCCUCGUCAACUAAAUCCAGGCCAGAGGCAACUACAACAUCACUACAGUUUCCUACUCAAGAAGCAGUCAUGUCCGAAUAUUGGAAAAGCACCCCCAAAUACUGGUGCAAGCACUGUAAAAUCUACGUCCGUGACACAAAGCUCGAAAAGGCAAACCACGAUGCAACACCCAAACAUCAAGGCAAUUUAAAGCGCUUCCUGCGAGAUCUACAUCGAACCCACGAAAAUGAAGAGAGGGACAAGGAUAAGGCCAAGAAUGAAAUUGCCAGGCUAAGCGGCCUUGGGUCUGGGAGCUCUGGUGGUGAAAGCUCCAGCUCAGCACUUGGGCGCGGGCCAACCCCAAGAGUACCAAAAGCGCAAGCGACGUCGUCACAGCUGAAGCAGCAAGCUUCGCAACUUGCGGAGCUGGGGAUCAGUAUACCCGAUGAGUUCAGAGGCGAGAUGGCAAUGCUAGGGGAGUGGCAGGUUACUUCACAGCGGCUCAUUGCACCAGAGGGAGAUGGCGAGAAAAAGCCUGAGGCUAUAGGAUUUGGAGUCAGGAAACGAGUUGCUGAAGAUGAAGAUGAGGAGACAGUGCAGGCGAAAAAGAGCAAAUGGGGCUCCGCGUAUCGAAAACAUCCUGGAGCGGACACAGAGAAUGAUGACCUUGACGAGUUGUUAAGCAGGGUUACGGCCGCGAAAGUGGAACCGGGCGUUUUGGAGACGAAACAAGAGCCUCCCAGUGACACAGCGGCGACCCCAAAGGUUGAGGCAGUUGAUAGCUCCGUGGUCAAGUCUGAGCCGGAUGAGACAACAGGCAUCAAAGCGGAGCCAGCAUCCGAUGUGCCAACGUCUCUUGCAGAAACUGCGGCUGCUACUGGCGCUGAUGUCAAGCAGGAAGAAGAUGAAGCUGUUGGAGGCGUGGUUUUUAAGAAGAGGAAACCAAAGCCUAUGAGGAAUAAGGGCAAAUGAGAGUUUAUCGUCGGACAACACACACCACACAGAGACUCUGGUUUGUGGGUACCCAUGGGUGGAAUGGACGCCAGAAGUCGAAUACCGACGAGCCACGGUAAAGGAUAUAUUCCAACCCACAGUAUCUCAACUACGCCGAUAUUUAUUGGCUUUCAGCAUUGCCGUCGAGGUACCAAUCACGGAACUCAUCGGCCAAAUAGCGAUGGACCUAUGUCCCGCAAAGGCUUAGAAUGUGAAAACGAUACCAUAUUUUACUGAGGCUCCCUACAGAAAUUAAAGCGCCCGGUCAACGGCUUAGUGCGAGCAGUUAUCCGCGAUGGGUGUAAGGAUAGGAAGUUACCUACCCUUGUAUAGAGGCAUGGCAGCUUAAGCUAUCAAAUAUGGCACAUGGAUCGGCAGUGUUUCCUCUAGAACGAUGCAAGAGCCACGCCUGGAAUAGUUUCAAAGGCACUGCAUGAUAGCUGCAUUUCUACUGAAUAUAAGAAUUAGCUCAAUCAACAUAUUUAGGUACCCCAUAUUUGUUUUUAAUUAUGUAUCUAUUAGCUAUUUUCCAGU